UGUAUGAAGUUGCAAGUGAUGAAUUGAGAAUGCAACAAGAGAAAAACAGACCAAGUUCUAUUAAAGAAUUAGUUUAUAUAAUUUCUACAGAUGAUAGUGAUUCAAAUUCGUCAAAUGAAGUUUUUUCUAAAAACAUCGAUAGUGAUUCUGGUUUGUCAUCUAAAGGUUUUUUAAGAAAAAGACACAAAUUACAAAAGUUGAAAUUCCGUAAAAGAGCAGCAUUAAUGCCUAAAAAUAAUGAAAAUAUAAAUAUUAAUGCAUUAAUUCAG